AUGCCGCUCCCUCCGAAUGCCGACACCAUUGCGUAUCCUGCACACAAUCCGACCGUAAUUCUGUCCGUAUCGGAAGAUGCACUAGACUUCGAGGCCGGACUGGAUGCGCCCCUGGAUCUUUACGUCGAGAGGUUUCAAUUGAAAAAAACUCUCUCGACAAAGAAUACAAAUGCAAAAGACCCGACUCAGUACGGUCUGUACACAAACACUAUCUCGGUGGCCCAAGAGAGUCAAGACCGGUCUCGACUAGGUCUCGACUUGAGUGGCGCCGAUGGAGGGUAUUUCAAGCAAACGGACCAGAAAGAUGAAACUCUGGUGAAGAAUGGGUUUGAUGGUGGAAUCAUGAAUCUUUAUGUGCAAGACAUCGACCACGAAAUAGUGCAAUCGAUUUUUUUGAAUGUCUCUGGGGGAAAGGGGUUUACCCCCGAGGAUGUCAUUCAUGCGGAAAAAGGAGAGACUGGAGGGAAUGGAGGGAAAGGCGGCAAUGUAUCAGUUCUGUUUGGCACUGCAGCUGUUACCGCACACCAAAUGGUUGCCAAACUUCUCGAGGACUUGCAUGACAAGGGCGAUGCGUUUCCUUUCUCAUUCCAGAGCCCUACUAGCGAUCUCGCGGUCUUCUGCCGACGUCAAAAUCUCCCAAACAUUUCCUCGUCGCUUGAGGCCCUCAACAGAGCACUCGUGAACAAGCAGAGUCAGUCAUUUCAACGCGCAUUGGUCCAGAUGGCACUCGCCCUGCAGGGAAUCAACGAUAGGGCCAGGGCAGAUUUUACCCAGAGUGCACAUACCAGGGGAGGAUAUGGUGGUGGAGGAUCUCGCGGAAGUAUCGAGGAUGGAAAGAAUGGUGUGCAUGGGACCAAGGGAAAAGAGGUGGUGCAUAGUCUCAUUCAACCAGAACUGCUCUGGCAGAGCCCAAUCUGCUUUGCCCAUCCUAUUCAAUGCCGUAUGCUCCUUGACAAAGCGAAGCUGUAUUUCUACAUCGACGGCGACAAGAACCUGGCACAAUGCAAACUGUUGUUGCAGAGGCUUCUGGGUCGACUCAAUUUCCUGAACACCUCUCCUCCCCCUGACUCUGAGUUGAUCAAGGCAUAUCGCAGCUCUGAACCCCGUCUUUGCAUUCCAAGUGGCCCGAAGGAUCAAGAGCCUGUCUCGAUUCGAGACCUUCGGGCCAUCAAAAGUGAAACUGAAGCAACUCUGACCUUGUUAAAGUCCGGAAAGGACUUUUAUGGGUUUGAUCGACGACGCGUCCCCAGAAGGACAUACAUGGCGUACAAAAAGAUCAUCGAUGAGGAGUUGAAAAAUCUGGGGAGUGCUGAAGACUACUAUGUAGAGUAUCUCAAAGCCUCCACGGACGCAGCCAAGCGAAAAGACUAUGUCAGCAAGAGUGCCACGGCCUGUCAGAUUGGAAAAGCCACCAAGAAGAUUCUGAUCAAAGAAGCCAAAGAUCAUCUGCAGGAUUGCGUGUUCCAAAUCCAAAGCCUGACGGGUCCCAUAAAGAAAGCGUACGGCGAGAUCGAAGGCCUGACACGCGAUGUCAAAGUCGAAAUCAGAAAGGAUACUAUUGUUCCUUUCGAUCAUCUUCUCGAAGCUGUUGGUCAGAUAGUCAGUGUAUAUAGGGAUCCCAUGGAGCUCCUUAAAGGCACUAGCCUGCUGCAGAAUGACCUGCCAAAGAUACCCGAUGACUCUGGGGUGAAAGUGGAGAAGGAAUACCUUGUCAAGCAGAUUGACAAUAUCACUGGCAGUCUAGAUAGCCUCUAUGAAGGCUACAAGGUUAGCAAAUCGGGGUCAAUUGACCUUCUUGAUCCAGGAGCGGCCAAAUUGCAGCUGGCAUCAGGGGAGCUAGCCAAAUUGGUUGGUCAAUAUGAGAAUGCCCUGCCUUCUGAUCUGUUGAAGAAGCUCAAGAAGAAGUUAGAUGAUUAUAUCGCCAUUGUUCUGAAGCGCAACGAUGCUGUGAUUCGCUACAAUACAAGCGUGGCCUUGAUCAUCCAGUGCUACACAGAGAUUGCUGCCCUAAGUGAAUCCGAGAAAACAUUGGCUGGUCUCGAACGGUCAACCCUGGCUACCGAUAGCCCAGUGAUGACUGUCGCUAUGAAGCGAACCUACAUGGUAUUGGUCCAACAGCUCCAGAGCUGGCUAUACAAAGCGCAGCGGGCCUAUAAUUUCGACGGCCUCAACUCGUCCAACAUCCUCGCCGAGUUUUUUGGUACGAUCGAUACGUCACGAUACACCCAUGCACUGGUCAGUCAGGCUCAUAACGCACUUUACCACGCCUACUCGGAAUAUCUCGAUGAUCAGACAAAAGCCAGGACGAUUUUCAACACGGCCAGAUAUCAACUCGAUGCGUCAACCUGUGGCUCCAUCCAAAAAGGCGGACAACAAGGAGAGCUUCUGUUUAUCCAGAUUGACCCCUCAAACCAGCUCAGCGCCGAUGAUGGCCCAAGCCCCUUCCGGGGCAUGUCGGAUGUGCGAUUGACCAGAGUGCGCUGUUUCCUGCCUGGAGCGAAGACGGCUGAUGGCCUGCUCCACAUCACCUUGACCCACAUGGGUGACGAGGCUCUGGUCGAUCCCAGAAAGAAACAGAUGGAAUUCUCACAUAGCACGAUUCCAGUGGAUUUCAAGUACCAGCUCAGGAGUGGUCGGUAUGAUGUCGCUGGGACACGGGACGGCAUCAUCGGGAAGCUCAAAGAUCGCGAGCAAUACAGUUUAGUCGGUCCAUUUACCACUUGGCAGAUCGUCAUCAAUAAGGAAUACAACCCUGGAUUAGAUCUAUCUGGUGUGUUUGAUGCAUACAUGGAAUUUGAAGGAGCGUACCGGCCUUUGACAUGA